AGAUUAGAAAAGCACAAAAAGAAAGGAAAACUGAUCGAAAACUUCUUUUUCGGCGCAUUAGCACGCUGUUUAAUUUACAUCAGCAAAGGUGUCUCUCAUGUCAACUGUACAGCCUGCUGCCCCGAGGCUGUGUGUAUUCCUAACUGGUCCAAUCCAUCCAAGACCUGGGUGCAUGUACCUCCCUCUGCCAGCUGCUGUGCCACCAGGGCUGUUCCAUUAACCUCCCUCUGGACUUGCAAUUUACAUGUAACACACUGGCUGUUCCGCUUCUCUCCCCCAUCAAUAUGACAUCGCUGGACCUGGAUCGUUGGCCGAUCUUCAGUCUGCUGGACCCAGACUUCAGGAAUAGCAUCGUCCAGGCGUGCGUGUUUGGAAGUGCUGGGAAUGAGGCCAUGAUGGUGACCAAGGACGAUGAUGUGUAUUCGUUGGGAUCGAAUUGCUGUGGCUGUUUGGGGUUAGGUGACUCACAGAGCAGCAUGGAACCCAAGAAGGUAGAACAGCUGUGUAGAAAGAAUGUGGUGGACUUUGCUUAUGGAAGCGGGCCACAUGUCUUAUCCAUUACUGCAGGUGGAGACCUGUACAGCUGGGGUCACAAUGGCUACUGUCAGCUAGGUAAUGGCAGUACUAACCAAGGCACAGUACCCAUGUUGAUCUCCACUAACCUGAUAGGGAAGAAGAUUUGCCAGGUGGCCUGUGGUAGUCACCACUCACUGGCCAGGACCUUGGAGGGAGAGGUGUUUGCCUGGGGUCAGAACAACUGUGGUCAGGUUGGGUCAGGCACCACCACUAACCAACCCACCCCCAGGAGGGUCACUGCCUGUAUAGGUUCCAAAGUCGUAGUUCAGAUUGCAUGUGGACAGACAUCUUCAAUGGCCUUGUUAGACACAGGAGAUGUAUAUGGUUGGGGUUAUAAUGGUAAUGGACAGCUAGGACUAGGGAACAAUGUGAACCAACCCAACCCCUGUAGAGUGGCUGGACUCACUGGGAUCUUCAUCAAUCAGAUAACGUGCGGUUACGCGCACUCCCUGGCACUGUCUGAUGAGGGCACGCUGUGGGCCUGGGGCGCCAACUCCUAUGGACAGCUGGGGACGGGGAACAAAGCCAAUAUGGUCACUCCUGCCAAGGUGGCCACUGACAAGGGAAGGUUUGUGGAGAUUGCCGCCUGCCACUACAACCACACCUCUACGGGCAUGUUGCAGAACGGGCGCGUCUUGAUGUGGGGACAGUGUAGGGGGCAGUCUAUUACUGUACCCAUCGAGACCAAGUUCCACACCAUCGAUGACGUGUUCUCAGCAUUUGCUCACCCUCCUGUGACCUGCAGAACACUACAGCUGGAACAUGUAAACAGCUGCAAAGUGCCAGACAGUGUGUUCAAGGCCUUUGAUGACCCUGACACAAGUGAUCUCAAGUUUUUAGUUGAAGGUCGUCAAAUUCAUGUGCACAAAUGUUUGCUUAAGAUCAGGUGUGAACAUUUCCGGUCUAUGUUCCAGACAUGUUGGGAUGAAGAUAAUAAAAAUGUGAUAGAGAUUACUCAGUUCACGUACCCUGUGUACCGAGCCUUCCUGCAGUAUCUGUACUCUGACAUGGUGGACUUGGCCCCAGAGGAUGCCAUAGGCCUACUGGACCUGGCUAACUCGUACUGUGAGACACAGCUGAAAAGAAUCUGCGAAAAGAUCAUAAGACAAGGAAUAACUGUAGACAACGCUGCUAUGCUGUACGCCGCCGCCAUCAAAUAUCAUGCUAAGGAGCUUGAAGAAUUCUGUUUCAGGUUCUGUCUGAACCACCUGACCGCCAUUACCCAGACCGAGGCUUUUCACAACCUAGAUGAGAUGACGGUGAAGGAGUUUAUCUCGCUUGCUGGAAGACAUGGAGCUUUUAAGAACUAAAAGUGCAAGCCUCUGCUAGGGAAUGAAGCAAAAAUAAUAAUUCUAGAA